CCGCUCCGCCCCGGAAAGGUCCCUCUCGGGCGGCGGAGCGGCGGAUCCCGGUGCCGCCAAGAUGGUGCGGAAACUGAAAUACCACGAGCAGAAGCUGCUGCGGCGGCUGGACCUGGUGAACUGGGAGGCGUCGGGCGGGAACUUGGCGGAGGUGCGGGCGCUGCGGCGGUACCGGGUGGGCCGGCGGGAGGAUUACGUGCUCUACAAGGCGCUGGCCCGCGACGUGCGCGCCCUGGCCCGGCGGCUCCGCGACCUGGGCCCGGCCAGCGCCGCCUUCCGCGCCCGCUGCGCCGCCGCGCUGCUGGAGAAGCUGCACGGGCUGGGGCUGGUGAACAGCCGGCAGUCGCUGGCCGUCUGCGAGAGCCUCUCGGCCGCCGCCUUCUGCCGCCGGCGCCUGCCGUGCCUGCUGGUGAAGCUGCGCAUGGCGCAGAACCUGCGCCACGCCGUCACCUUCGUGGAGCAGGGGCACGUCCGCGUGGGGCCCGAGGUGGUGACAGACCCCGCGCUCCUCGUGCCCCGCGCCGUCGAGGACUUCAUCACCUGGGUGGACGCUUCUCGCCUGCGGCAGAAGGUGCUCGACUACAACCAGGAGCGCGACGACUUCGACCUGGCCGCCUAGAGCUGCCCUGCUGCCCUGCUCACAGGACACACACCCCGAUAAAACCACGGCGGUGCCACCGCGGGAGAUUCACACGCCUGCAAAGGGAGCCAGAGGGCAGCUGUGUGCUUCCAGCUUCAUACUGACCUGCUCCUGGCUCCCUUUCGCAGCUAAUGGUUCCGUUCAUCCAUGCAGAGAAACAUCCUUUACACACCCACUGCUUUGAGAAUAUGUCCAGUGGCCCAGCUCCAUCAUCAUCAUCAUCCCUGGCAUUCCCAGCCUCACUGUCAGCCCAGCAGCUCAGCAUCAUCAUCACACUGAGCUCCAUCAUCUUUACAAGUGCAUCUCCAUCCUCCUUACACCCCACAAAGCAAAAGUGCUUGGAAAAGUCUCUGCCCAAUCACUGGAGAGGAUUUUGGUCAGGCUUAAGUGCUUGAAUAGCAGUUGCUGGAAGGGGUUUUAAGCCAAGCCGAGUGGCUGUUUUAAGACUGAGUUUAGCAGCUUUGCUGCUCUUUUUCCAAGAUGUUGUCCUGAUUCCUCCUUCAGCUGUUGAAUGCACAGGAAUCAGAGUUACUUCUGGAAGGGUUUUCCCUUGAUAUCAAGGAACAAGGAGGGAAUGUGGGGGUUUAUGGGGGUCAGCAGUAAACAAGAAGACCACAUACUGUGUUUCUGGAACUGUUGAAAUUUUAGGCAAAAACAGGAUUUAAAAAAAACCAAGACCAAAAAACUUUAUUGUCAUGUGAAGUUGUAAAGGGAAGUUUGAUGCUUUAAGUUCAGUGUCUUUGCUGUCUGGGGUUUCACAUGACCAUUAUGCACCAUUUACAGAACAGGAUCUAACUGGGGAGUGCUGGAGCAAAUGCUGAUCUAACCAGAACUGCAGCUUUGGGGAAACUUUUGCAUUCAGCACAUUAGCUAGGGGCUGCUGGCAACUUUGUUUCCUUUUGAUACAAAAAGCAGAAAAACCAAAAUAAAAAUGUUGCAUUUUUUUUA